GGACUAGAACUCACAGUCUCCUGCUUUCUAGCUUGGUACCUUAACUGCUUACAUCAAAGUGGAACUAGAUGAAUAUUAACAAUGGCUUAAAACAGAAGUAGAAGAAGUUGACAGCUUUUCAGGAUGAGACAAAUUGCAAGAGUGCAAUAAAUACAUAUUUUUAAAAAGAUACAGUACAUUUAGCUUUUUUAUUGUUUUAUUCAUGCUUAUUGUACUGUUUGUUUGUGAAAGCAUUUGUGUUGUGCACAGCCAGGAAAUGUGGCAAAUUUAAAAUCUAAAUGCACAUAUAUAAACAAAAUAAACAGCAAAUCAGAAGCAGUCAUUUUAGAUGUAAGAGUCUACCUUUUAUCUCCUCAAGCUUGCUUUGAUAAAUGUUCUGCCAACUUUUGGCAAAAGGCUUAUUCUAAAUUUACUAACACAAGGUAGCAAAAAAUAAAUAAAAUAUAGCAUAAUGAAGAAAAGGAACACAAAUACAUUCAUACUUAGGGGCAUACAUGCAACAUGCAAUCAAGCAAAAGACAACAUUUUAAACAUCUAUAUUCAAUACUUCUACAAUUGUUCUUAGUAUCUCUUAUCUCCUAGCAAACUGACCAAUUCUGUCUUCACUGUUAAGAGGGAAUGCUGCACUAUUAAGAGCCCAGACACAAAUGAAGCUGAUAACUAAAUCUAUACUUUCUCUAUCUUCCUAAAAAAUGCUAUAGGACUCAUGCUCUAUAGGUGGCUUUGUUGAGGACACAGAAUGAAGAGAGCAGAAUGCAGGGUGAAGUUAGUAUGGAUCACUAUGUUCAGAUCACUAUAGUCACAAAGUCCGUAUAACUAGAUUUUGCCAGCCAUUUGCUGAAGGCUCUGCAAUGACAUCCAUUUUCAGGUUGUUGCUAUUGGGUUGUUAAGGCCCUAAAUUACUCUGGCCUAGGUUAUCUGAGGAACUACCCUACUUUUACAGGCUAGUCCUCAUUCCAUUCUGGCAAGGAUAUCUAGUUGUAUGUAUCACAGCCUUUUGAUAUUCAUUAGUGUGGUUUGGAGGUCAGAAUUCUUUGUUGUAGUCAUCCCCUCAUGGAAAUAAUUCUCACUGGAGAUUAAAAGACUUCAACUGUGACAUGCUUUCAUUGGAAGUUGAAAACCCGUUUGUCCAGAUCUUCUCUUCAUUUCCAUUGUCAUCUCGCCAGCAUCCUAAUAAACGCUUAUUAAAUAUUUUUAUCUUUUUCAGGUCUUACCUGUUAUAUCAUUAUUGUUUAAAAUUAGUAACCCUGGUUUCAAAGCUAAACAUGACCACCAAAAUCUAAUGUUACUUUUCAGAGCGUUGUUCGGUGUCUUUGGCAUCCUAAACUGAACCAAAUCAUGGUUGGAACAGGAAAUGGAUUAGCAAAAGUAUACUAUGAUCCCUUCAAAAGUCAAAGGGGAGCAAAGCUGUGUGUUGUGAAGACCAAAAGAAAAGAGAGACAAGCAGAGACUCUCACACAAGACUAUAUUAUAACACCUCAUGCACUUCCAAUGUUCCGUGAACCACGUCAGCGAAGUACAAGAAAGCAGUUGGAAAAGGAUAGAAUGGAUCCUGUGAAAUCUCACAAACCAGAACCUCCAGUAGCAGGACCAGGCCGUGGUGGUCGAGUUGGGACUCAUGGCGGUACUCUGUCUUCAUACAUCGUGAAGAAUAUUGCAUUGGACAAAACCGAUGACAGCAAUCCUCGAGAGGCGAUUUUGCGGCAUGCAAAGGAAGCAGAGGAAAGUCCCUACUGGGUGGCUCCAGCAUAUUCUAAAACCCAGCCAAAAACAGUUUUUGCAGAAGUAGAAUCGGAUGAAGAUGAAACAGAUGACAAGCCAGAGUGGAAAAAACGUAAAAUUUGAAGAAUUUCAAUUGGAGGAGCUUCACAAGGGAUUUGGGACAAAAAUGAAUUCUUUUUCCUUAUGCAAAAGAAGUCAAAUUACUGCAAGCUUUUAUGCACAGGAAUGUUUCACCCCUUUGAAAGACUUUAAUUGCCAUAAAGUGAAAUAGAAUUGUUUAGCAUAAAGUCUGUAUUUUAUUAAAUAACUAAAGUCUUAAAUAAAAAAUAAACAUUGAUUUCUUCAGAA